AUGGUAAAACCCAAGGCUGAUGCGGAAGCCGAGAGCGUGACCGGAGAGCGGACGGGCUUCUCCUUCAUCGUGGGCAACAUGCUCUUCUUCCUCACCAGCAGCGCCAUCAUGGCCGGCCUCGGACUCGGAUUCCUCACCAGGAACACCGAAGGCGCAUGGACACGCCGGCACGUCUCGUACAUGGCGUUUCCGGGCGAGCUGUUCCUAAGGCUUGCCGGCGUGGUGGUGAUUCCGUUGCUAACGAGCAUGCUGGUGGCCAGCGUGGCCACUGCUGGACUGGCCGCGGCGCGCCGCAUGGGACUCCUGGCGUUCGCCUUCUACGUGGUCAGCAAGGCGAUGGCCAUGGCCGUCGCCUACGGUCUCGCCGUCGCUUUGAACCCGGGAAACCCCGCGCACCGUAUCGACGUGACCAACGCGCGGCCCGCGCAGAGCAAGACGGUCUACGUCGACGUACUGCAUGACGUCUUCAAGUUCCCGUACACUGUUGUCGACGUGAACAGCACUGCAAAAGAAACCAACGCUAGCCUGGAGGGCCAGACGCCCAUCGUACGACGCGUCAACGUCCCGAACUACAUGGGCAUGACCGUUGUCAGCGUGCUGCUGGGCGCAGUCCUGGCAACCAUGUGGGAGAGCUGCCGCGGAUUCAUCGAGCUGUUCGUGGCCAUCAGCGACGUCAUGCUUAAUCUCGGACGGAUGAUCAUGUGGUACUUCCCCGUCGGAAUCUGCUUCCUGCUGACGUCUCAGACGCUGCGCUCUCACGAGUUCGUGUCCGAGACGCGCCAGCUGGAGUCCUACUUCCUCAGCCUCGUCUUGGCGCUGGCCAUUCACGGCAUGCUCACGCUUCCGGCGCUGCUGAUACUCUUCAGCCGCACACACUACCGGAGCCUUUUCUCAAACAUCGGACUCACUCUGGUCACCGCGUUCGGCACAAGCUCCAGGUCCAUAUACGAGCGUCUCCCACGCACAUUCAAUAAUAUAUCUUAA